AUGUCCGCCGGCACCGCCGCGCUGGCGGUCUGGCUGGGGGCCGCUGCCCCCGUCGGCGCACAGACAAUCACCGCCCAGACAAUCAUCGCCCAGACACCAAGCGGCGAUCCCUCCGCCGGCGAGCGGGUCUUCCGGCAGUGCGCCGCCUGCCACACGGUCGAGCCCGACCGCCACCGGGCCGGGCCCUCGCUCUACGGCAUCUUCGGCCAGAGCGCCGGGGCGGUGGAGGGCUUUCGCUACUCCCGCGCCAUGCAGGAGGCCGAGAUCGUCUGGGACGAAGAGACCCUGACCGCCUAUCUGACCGAUCCGAACGGCUUCCUGCCCGGCACCACCAUGCGGAUCGCCUUGCGCAAUGCCGAGGAUGCGCCCGAUCUCAUCGCCUAUCUGCGAACACUGGGAGCCAAUUAG